GAAUGUCGAAUGAAAAUGACAAGCAAUAAGUCAUUAGUCACAGUCGAAUCAGGGAAAAUUGAAAAAUAAAGGACGUGAACAGCGCGAACUCUUUGUCGUCUCCGUUCCAGACAAAACAGACCUCCGGGACUACUUCGAAAACGCCGUGUCGUGGUUUAAAUUAAUAUUUACCGUAGGAAAUUCAUUCGUGGAAAUAAAUUGUUGCAACAGAAAACAACGGAAGAAAGGCGACGAGGCGGCUGCAGUUGAUGUGAAAUUUUCGGGGAGGCUUGCCCGCAACAACACACUCAUCUAGCCGGAUUCGGUCUGAAUAAGGUGGACAAACAUGGGACUUUUUGGACAAUCUUCACCUUUCGACGUGGAUGUCGAAAAGGCUACCAGUGAGAAAAAUACAUCGGAACCAUGGGGUGUCAUAAUCGACAUUUGCGAUAAAGUCGGAUCGAACCCACGCAACGCUAAAGACUGUCUCAAAUCAAUAAUGCGCCGGAUGGGUCACAAUGAUCCUCAUGUUGUCAUCCAAGCUAUAACACUCCUCGACGCUUGUGUAAACAACUGCGGAAAGAAUUUUCAUUUAGAAGUAGCAUCACGAGAUUUCGAGAACGAAUUCAUCCGACUUUUAUCGAAAUCACAACCGCAAGUAGCAACGAAAAUGCGGCUUUUGCUAAAGAAAUGGGCAGAGAACGAUUUCAAAACGGAUCCCCAACUGAAUUUGAUACCAUCGCUUUACCAGAAGUUGAAAAGUGAGGGACAUGAUUUCUCGGAAAAUCAAAAAGCGCCUAAAGCGUCAAUACCUGCAUCCGUUAUAAAGGAUCCAAAUGUAGUAACUAGUCAACAGGAGGAAGAUGAUAUUGCCAAAGCCAUUGAACUUUCGCUAAAAGGAGUUAAGGAUAGUCCUAAGAAACAGCAAACGAGUAGUAACAGUUCACCUUAUGCUUCGUUAUAUCCCUGGUUAAGUGGUGGCUCUGGCGGAUCCACCAGCGGUACUUCAACCACAUCAUCAAACCAACCCGAACCACGCAAAGUUCGAGCCCUUUAUGAUUUCGAAGCAGCUGAAGAUAAUGAAUUGACAUUUGUCGCUGGUGAUAUUAUUCAUGUUAUUGAUGAUUCCGAUCCGAACUGGUGGAAAGGAUACAAUUCACGCGGGGAAGGUCUUUUCCCUUCAAAUUUCGUAACAGCCGAUCUAAGUGUUGAGCCUGAACGUUUGGAUGUAAACUCGAAAUCGAAAAAAUCCGAUGAUGAAGCCAAACAAGGAGAGAAGACUGAAAGUAAAUUUGAAGAAGAUAAAGAUUAUGUCCCAGAAAUCAAUGAGGAGAAAAUCGAUCGUUUGUUACACCUUUUGCAUGAGGCUAAUCCGGAAGAUUCAUCGCAGGAUAGCGAGGAGAUGUUGCGCUUAGAAACUGAAGUUAAUAAAAUGGGUCCACUUAUAGACGCUGAAUUGGAACGGGUAGAUAGGAAGCAUGCACAGCUAACACAACUAUCCAGCGAUUUAGUCGACGCAAUUAAUUUGUAUCACACUCUGAUGCGUGAACCAGAUCGUACAGCGAUGCCUCCUGUUACUUCCUUACCCGGUUCGAUGGGCUAUAUGCCUGGUAAUUUUAAUCCGCAACACAACAUGUAUGGUCAUAAUGCAAUGUACGGAAUACCGCCGAAUAUUUACCACCCAGGACCGAUAGCCACAACGUCAGUACCAAAUUCUAUGCCCUCGAUGGCGAUGAUGCACAUGAUGCCUGGAUCCACUCAACAGCAACAUUCGCAGUCACAGCAGCCAUCGAUGAGUCAACAACUUCCCCAAAUGCCGAUGAUGGGCAACACCGCAAAUCCAGGUGGCUACCCGCCACAGCAAAUGAUACCGGUACAGUAUCAAAAUGGGCAUCAACCGCAGCAACAACAACAGCAACAGUCCCAAUCGCAAGUGCAGCACCCGAUGUCGCCUCCCCCACAGCAGCAAUCAUUACAUAACUCUAUUGCCCAACCCAAUAUUCAGUCUACAACCUCCCCAUCUUCUACUGGACAGCAGCUAAUGCAACAAGCCCAACAACAACCUCCAAAUAGCAUGAACCAGCAACAAACCACGGCAGGUUUUCACCCAGUACAACCACCGACAUCAAUGGGCGGAAUUUAUUCAUCGCAACAGAAUAGUUUUGUUCCAAUUCCUAAUGCUGGCAAUUUUGCAUUGCCACACCCAUCUAUGCUGCCAAGUAACUCUAUAAUGGGUGGUGGCAUGAUGCUACCACCGCAACAGCACCCUCCGCAAUCAAUGCCAUCAAUGAGCCACAACCCGCAAUUGCAAAUGGCACAUCAAAUGUCGGCAAUCAAUCAACCAAUAACGCAUAGCCUUUUGGGACAGAACGACUCGAAAACGAACAUUCCAAUAUACCAGCAACAACGGUAAAAUAAUUUUAUGAUUCGGAAUCAGGGUGGGGCUGUACAUGUUAAGUUCUUUUUUAACUUUAAAUGCCGAGGUCCAUUUAGGUGAGGGUCUAGUUCGUAGAGCAAGGGAAGCUCCUGUUUUAUGUAGUUAGAUUGACGUUUGAUUUUGAGGCAAGAGAAGAUAUAUAUGUAAAGGUUUCCAAACAUUGCGAGCAACCGCUGGUGCAUGCCAUUUGAAUUUUAGUUUAUUCCUGCUUAAAAGUGCUUUGCCUAUUCGAGCGUAGAUCGCUAGAGAUUUAGCAGGAACUGCACUGUCUAACGUAAAAGUUCUCAAUUUCCUUAGAAAAAUUAUUUUGUCUUACUCAACGAAAAAUAACAUGAUUCUGAUAAAAAUGGCGACAAUUUAAUUUAGAAACGAACCACGAUCAGGCUCGUUGAGGAAACCGAUCCCAUAUUCUUUAAAUUGGAGGUAGUGAAAAGUUGAAUAAUAAAUUUAUGCAGCUAACUGUGGAGGCUACAGGCUAAAUGGACUCUUAGAACCUUGUAAAGUUUCGUGGCAUCUGAGUUGCACUCACUUAUCUCAUACGCAUAUUUAUUCAAAGCAUGGCUCACCUUCAUUCUACCAUUUGCAGAACACAAAAGUGAUGUCUGCCUAAUGCGAAAGCGAAAUAAGAACAGCGGGAGACAACAUAAAUCAUUUUUCAGUCCCGCUAGUCUCUGUCAAUCUGUCCACCCCUAAUUUGAGAACAAACGUGCGAAGAAACUAUUCAAACGAUUUCCAUUGAUCAUAAAUUUAUUAUUUACAAUUAUUUUAUUAUGUAAAUAUCAACAAAACUAUCGAUAACAUAACUAAUUAAAUAUAUAUACACAAUAUAAUAGAAUUGAACGAAACGAUUUAAGCAUGUUGUAAGCGUUAAAGAUUUGAUUCUGACUAGUUCGAUUUGAAAGAUGUGAAAGCGGAGGUUUAUUGGUUUUAACAAUUAAGCGAGAGAAAGUAGGCGGAGCAGCAAAGAAGUUUGUCUAAUGAUUCUGGAGAGUGCGCUGGUUUAAAAAAUGUCUUGGUCGUAUUGGAUAAAGGAUUAAAAAUAAACGAUUACCAUAUUUUAAGAAAGUAAAUUCGUAAUUGGUAUUGAAUUUUAUAUAGCUCACAAGAUACGGAAUAUAAUAACGCAGAAGCUAUUGGUAUAAUUGAGUUCUUUCCCUACCCACUUUGUUGUUUUAUUUUAAGUUGAAGGAGGUGAGGAAAUGUAGCGUCAGUCGGAUGUGUUUGACAUGCUGAAGUGACUAAAACGUCUCCAACCAUAUUUUUGUUAUUUGUUUGCAAUACGUAUUUGUUUUCUUAGAACACUCUCAAGCAUACGAUAGACUUUCAUUGAGGGCUUACAAAUAAUUCAAAAAACAUUAAGUAGAUAUUUUAAACCCUUGUAUAAUAUUUUGGUUAUAUAAUUACGCAAUAUAAACUUAAAUAUAUUCUAUUUAAAUAAA